UUAUUGUGAAAGUUGCUAAGGAAACCUCCUGGUUUCUCCACGCUUGCCGUGUCCGGGUUGUGGGUUUUGCUUGCUUAUUUAUUUAUUUUGCAAACAGAUAUUUAAUGCUGACGGAAUAUUAUCUCUUUGCCACUAAGAGAUGCUUCGACUGUGAGAAAGUUUACUUCUUGUUCCGGAAGUGUGAAGGUAGAUAACUACUGCUAUCGUAAAACUCUGCAAUACUUCCGGGUUCCUUGUUUCUAUUUUUUCCCCAAAAAUGCAAACUAACAACUUUAAUGAAAUCUUCGGUGUGCUGAAGGAUUUCGUCCCCCCUGUUUCUAGUGGAACUCUGGUAGUGGUCCUUUGCUCCUGUGUUUGGUUUGGCAUCCAAACUUCCCUCAGCCUCCCUCAGGACAGCCUCAGCAUCGGAGCCUCAGUUUUCCAAAGGGGCCACAUCCACCGCCUCUUUCUGUAUCCCUUCCAGAACCGAAGCCUCCCUCAGCUCCUCCUGAGCUCCACUGCUCUGCUGUUUCUCUGUGCCGGUGUUGAGAAGGGCUUUGGCACGGUCCGCUUCCUGUUCCUUGUCUUCCUGCUUGCCUCAUUCACUGGUGUGUUUUAUAGUUUCUUAGACCUUCUGCAGGAUGCCAGUGUGCACACCGAGGGUCUGCUGCCAGUGAUCCUGGCCUGUGUGGCCCUGACCACUCUGCACACAAAGAUGAGCAAGGCUUUCCUCUGUGGGAUCAGUUUUCCUGCAGUGGCCAUCCCAUGGGUCCUCCUGAUCAUCUGCACCGCCCUGAUCCCUCACAGUGUGCUGCUCUGCAAUGUUAUCGCCAUACUAAUCGGCUGGGUGUACGGGAAAGGCUGGCUGUCUUAUCUGGACCUAUCCGAAUCCAGGGCUGCCGUUCUGGAGAAGAUCUUGCCGUUUAAAAUACUAAGGAGGAUCAGCGGUGCCAUGUUUGUCCCUGCAUCCUCACAGAAGAGGAAGACUUUGCUUCCACGAAUAAAUCCCACUCCAGGAUCAUACCCAGUUCAAGCCUAUGCACCGCUGCCCAGCAUUUCCACCACGGCAACUCCAGAUACAAUGUUUGAAGGCUGGCCAAACUCUGUCGGCUUCAAGCCACCUCAUAGUCUUCAUGGACAAGUUUCAGCUCAGAACGUUGGACACAAUCAUGGACAUUUCUCAGCUCAGAAUAUUGGACACAAUCAUGGACAUUUCUCAGCUCAGAACGUUGGACACAGUCAUGGACAUUUCUCAGCUCAGAAUAUUGGACACAAUCAUGGACAUUUCUCAGCUCAGAACGUUGGACACAGUCAUGGACAUUUCUUAGACCAAAGUAUGGGACACAGUUGCAACCAUAACCACGGUCAUAGUCAUGGGCCUGAGCAGUAGUUGUUUUUGUUUUGUGCAUUUGACCACUUAAUGAGACCUCAGACCCAGAGGUUCCCAAACUUUUUAGCUUCUGGCCCACAGAAGGGGACCGCAUCAACUGGUGGAAUAACAUUACAAAGAGCAUCAACAGCAAAAGUAGUUUUUAUAAUUUUGGGCUCAUAAACAUUGGUGUCUAUCAUUUAGUUUCAUUUCUGUACUGGAUUUGGGGGCCACAGCACAAACUUUGGAAAUCAAUGCUCUAACCUGUAGUGUUGAAAGGGAAGGACUGUCAAAAAACAACAUUGUUUUAAAUAAAUAAGCAUUUAUAAAUGUUGCA